AGCAUUUCUGAGAAGGAUGGCUCCAUGAGGCCAGCACUUCCUUGGUGGGAGAACAGCAGCAAUGUCUGCCUUCUCCGGACGACAAAAACGGAGUUGAAAACCACAGCGUGUGGGUGGAAGCAAGGCACCUGUUGAAAGGAAGGAAAAACAUGUAGAAAUAGUCAAAGUCUUCUGAAAAGAGGUGAAGCCAUUAUGAGCUGCCAAAAUACUGCACUUGAGAUAAACCCUGGGUCCCAGCCUGGGCCAAGAAACUCUGAGUGGCCAGAAGGUAUUAUUGCCGAUGGAGACGACAGCCCCAGCCUGCUGGAAAACCAGCUCAGCGUGGAGGACUUUGUCAACAUACACAGGGCCUUUGAGCUGUGUGGAAUGAAUAGCAUGCAUCAAAAUCAUUCCCAGUUUGGAAUUUGGACAGGAAGAAGUGCUUUUCUGUGCUGUGGAAUUCAGUCUCCAGAGCCGAGGAAAACCGUCUGCAUGUCCAGAGAAGAGUUCAUGCAGAGGAUGACAGAGGCUGUUGGCUGGGGCACCAAGGAGGGAUAUGGGGAGCUCUAUGACAAAGUGGAUGUGGCCCAGGACGGCUUCAUCACCUGGGACAAGCUGGCCUCAUUUAUAAUCCUUGCACUUUAUGAAAAAGACAAAUGGGCAAAGUCAACCAUGGUUCCCCAGUGGAAGGACCUUGAGUUCCUCCCAGUAAAACACAAAGACACCAUUCAAAAAGUAACUUUCUUAAAAAGUUCCCGUCGGUAUGUGACCAUCAGUAAAGAAGGCUUACUGGGGAUCUGGGGAGAGAAUUUAAAGCUGCAAGAAACACUUCCCAUCACCUUGGAUGCUGCAAAGCUCAAACACCUGUGGGUGACAAGUUUGGUUGCUCUGGAAAAUGUAAACAAGAUAGCAGUGGCUUUUACAAGUAAAGAGAUUGGUUUCUAUGAUCUGCUGUCCAAAGAAAAAUUUUCUUGUCAAUACAAACUCCAAGGCCUGAAAGGAACACCAAUUUGCCUGGAUUAUUGGUAUGACCCUCUUGAUGCCAAUGAAUCGAUUCUUUCUUUUGGGGACAUAACUGGAAAGGUUCAAGCCAUUGCUUUCACGGCAGCCUUGAUUUCCCUGUUUGAACGGCCUGUGAAUGUGUGUGAAGACGGAGGAGCCGCCGUGACCAUUAACUGGGCAGAGCUGGUCUCUGGGUGUCACAAAUGUUGCCACGUAUUACAGCAUAAACUUCAUCAUGGAAAUUGGGUCAGGCAAGUUACUUUCAAUGCAUCUUUAGAUGUGAUCAUUUCCAGUACAACCAGUAGUACAAACACGAUGGUGCUGGCUUGGAGAGAGAAAUCAAAACAGCAGAUGAAAGUGACAUCCUUCAACAUUGCCCAGGGCGUUCAUGCUUUUGAUUACCACUCUCAGCUCAAUUUAAUUGCAACUGCUGGCGUUAAUAAUAAAGUUUGCCUUUGGAAUCCCUACGUGGUGUCUAAGCCAGUGGGUGUCCUCUGGGGUCACUCAGCCAGUGUCAUAGCCGUCCAAUUCUUUGCUGGAAGGAAACAGCUUUUCAGCUUUUCCAGAGAUAAAGUGCUGAGACUCUGGGAUAUCCAACACCAGCUGUCCAUCCAGAGGAUAGCAUGUGCUUUCCCCAGAAGUCAGGACUUCAGGUGUCUCUUCCACUUUGAUGAAUUCCACGGACGACUUUUCAUCUCAUUUAAUAACCAGCUGGCAUUGUUGGCAAUGAGAAGUGAAGCCAGCCCGAGGGUGAGGAGCCAUGAGAAGGCGGUCACUUGUGCUCUGUACAGCCCCGCCCUGAAGCAGGUAAUCAGCUCUGAUGUGGAGUCUAUAGUUUCCUUCUGGGUAAUAGACACCGGGCAGAAAAUCAAACAGUUUACUGGUUGCCACGGCAAUGCAGAAAUCAGCACCAUGGCCCUUGAUGCAAAUGAGACGCGGCUUUUGACUGGCAGUGCAGAUGGGACCGUGAAGAUAUGGGACUUCAACGGAUAUUGUCACCACAUACUGAAUGUUGGGCAAGACGGAGCUGUGGAUAUUUCACAGAUCCUGGUUCUUAAGAAGACAAUCCUGGUCACAGGCUGGGAGAGGGCCCUCACUGUGUUUCGACCCCAGAACUUCAGUGGCUUUUUCGUCCAGUCUGAAGAGUGGAAGGGCGGAGCACAGCACCAUGAUGACAUCUUGUGUGUGGCGUUUUUACCUCCGCAAACUCUCGCUACAGGGAGUUAUGAUGGAGAAAUUGUUCUGUGGAACAGCAGCACAGAGAAUGCCCACCACGUCCUCCACCCUGAUUACCAGAGGCUGCUGACAACUAAGCUUGAUGAAUGACCUCAAAAACUUCCCAGUGCUGGGAGAAACCGUUCCACUCCCCCCCAGGCAGACCAAUCUCCCACAGGAGUCCACACCUCUCAGAUUGACACUGAGGGCAAGAAUGCAGUGAUGAGACUUUGCUUCCUGAAAGCAAGAAAAGACAUUGCAGCGACAGGAGGUGCUAACCUGGUGUCCUGUGGAGGAUCUGGCUAUGUCAGAUUCUGGAAUACAUUCAAGAGGCAACUUCUGGCUGAGUUUUUGGCUCAUAAUGGAGCUAGGUCCAUUAUUAUGUCUACUGACAAGAUGAAUCGAUACCUCACCACAGGAGACCUUGACGGAUGGUUGAAAAUCUGGAAUAUAGAGGAGUACUGCCUUCAUUUCAGUAAGAACAAAAUCACACAGCCCCCCAUUCUGAUAAGAUCGUUCCGGCCUCACGAGGACCGAGUCAGUUCCCUAGAGGUGUGCGAGCUGUGUGGCCGGUCGCUGGUCAUCUCCUCCUCUGCAGAUGGCCUUGUUUGUGUGACUGACGUCUGCAGUGCUCCUGUCUGGAUCUUUGGUCAGUCAAAGCAUUGGCAUAUUGAAAACGAUCUUUCUCUUCCUAAAAGAGAUUCUAAUUUAAUGAAAAGUAAGAUUCAAGAGGAAAUUCCUUUAUUUUCUAAGGAAGAAUCAUGUUUAGACUCAACAGAAAAUUUUCUACUCGAGAAAAACAAAGAUGACUCGGUGUACAUGGUCAGACCAUCAGAAGACAUAAAUUUACAUGUGAAAUAUAAAGAAAGAUGUACCUAUGAGAAAAAAGCACAAAAACAUUACUAUGAUGAAGCUAUAAAAAAAACAUGCAGCACAUUUAGGUCGUUAAGCCUCAGUACCCUGAAAGAGCUGCCGGAAGUGAAUAAACCUGCCUUCCUUCUAGACCCAGAGAAAUGCUUCAAGAAGGAGCCAGAGGGGAAGAUUCCCCAAAUUCCAGAGCUCCCCUCACUUUCUGGAACUUUGAAAGCUGUGUUUGAUGAGAAAAGUCUGUUUCCUGAAGAACUUCAGGAUCACCAACAAAAAGCCAAGCAAUUAUUUCAAGAAACAAAUUAUAAAGUGAAGAAAAAA